CCACCACAGCAGACCUUCCGAUGCCUGGGGGUGAUGCUGUGAAGCCAGGUCAGGCCCCAUGGGUACUGGUGGGAGGAAGCUACUCGGGAGCCCUCACCAGUUGGACGAUGGUCAACAAACCGGGAAUUUUUUGGGCUGGAUAUGCAUCUUCUGCCGUCGUGGAGGCAAUCACGUAUGUCAAUUUUAUUGCAGCCACCGCCCGUAUCACAUUGACACGAUGAAACACUUCUCCUUCCUUAAAACACCAUUGACACGAAUGAAUCCGCAUACAACGUGGUCAUUCGGUCUCUUCUUGACAAAAACAGUGACUAUUACGGCUAUUUUACCCCGGUUCAAAAGUACAUGCCACAAAAUUGUUCUUCCGAUAUAGAGGCAGUGAUUACACACCUAGAUCGGAUGUACGCAGUGAAUGACACUGCUGGAAUCCAGGCGCUCAAGGAAACAUUUGGUCUUGGCAGUCUUGUACACGUAGACGAUUUCGCUGCUGCAAUUCAAAUCAACUUAUUUGCUUGGCAAAAUCUAGCGCCUUAUGCUGGCUCAGGGUUCUAUGGGUUCUGUGAUGCACUCGAGGUCAAGGAUGGUGUCAAUGCCGGACCUCAAGGAUGGGGACUUGAAAACGCCAUCUACUCUUGGGGUAAGUUCUGGACUACCGAGUGGUAUGACUUUUACUGCAACGCCCAGGAUGCUGAGACCUGUCUUGGGACGUACAACACGAGCCAGUCCCACUGGACUAAUGUCGCUGUGAGUAACGCCAACAGGUCGUGGUUUUGGAUGGUGUGCAACCAACUUGGAUUCUACCAAGUUGGCCCUCCUGAAGACCAGCCUUCCAUUGUAAGCCGCAUCCUGCAACCGAUUUACCACGAGCGCCAAUGCGUCAACAUGUUCCCUCAAGCUUUCGCCUCUCCACCUGAGCCUACUACAGCAGAGACCAACAAAAUGUACGCUGGCUGGGAUGUGGAUAUCCCACGUCUGUUCUUCGCCAACGGCCUGCGCGACCCUUGGCGCGAGGCAACUGUCUCUGCUGAUGGGCUGAAAAAGCCUAACACUACCAGCAUGCCUAUCUAUGAGAGCGAUGCAUUCCACUGCACAGACAUGAUCACGCAGAGUGACAUUGACCCGUCAGUCGUCGUUGUACAAAAAGCAGCGUUAAUGUACAUGAAGGAGUGGCUUGCUGAGUGGAAGCCUUCCGCUUGAUGCAUAUGAAUUAACAUGGAUCGAUUUUUUGGACUUGGCAGCUCAAUGUUGGCAAGGAAGGUGGCGCCGUGUCCUCGCGAUUUCCGUUGUCCCUCCCUGCAUAACUUACAACUUGG